AUGGGAACAAAAUCCACAGUGAGAUUGAGAAAAAGGGGCAAGGCUUUUAAAUGCGAUCUCUGCGGGCGUAAGUUAAUGAGUCCGGAUGCGUUAAAAACACACCAGCGUACGGCUCACAAUAUAAUAAAAGUGAAAACGAAACAAGACGCUAAACCCGUGAGAAUAAGUAAAACAGCGAAGCCCAAACCGAUCAAGAAGACGGCGAGCCCGCCAAAAGUCGCUGCGAAGAGAAGUGAGAGGGUAAUCAAGGAAAAUGACAAAUCUAAAAAGAUCGACAAACAGGAGCAGGUUGAGAAAUCUAAAGUCCAGUUUGAGUGUCCCAGUUUACCAGACUCACCGGAUAUUAUAAAACCGAUACGUUUGGAGCUUUGCAAGAAAUGUAAUCGUAGAGUGAAGUCAAUACAAGCACAUGACUGUGAAACCAAUCAGGCUGCAGAUGACAAGUCACAGGCAUAUAUGUGUGCCGCCUGCGAUGAAUGGUUCAAUGAUUUGAAGGGUUUCGAUGACCAUGUGCUCGGAAUGCACAGUGAGAAAGAAAGUAUGGUCUUCUCGACAAAUGAUGAAUUCACGAAAUGGUUAACAGAUAUAGAAGAAAAAACUAGUGUGAAUUACACAGAAGUAGAAAACAGUGAACCGAAGAGGUAUCGCUGUAACAGUGUUAAUGAGAAACCAAAACGGCCCAAUACAUUGUACAUCUGCCCGUCUACAAUAGUUGUUAACAAUAUAUCUGAUGGAUACGAAGUUAGUUAUUAUAAAAAACAUCACAAACAUCAGUACGAAGAAUACAAUCAAGAUGAAUAUAAGAAAUACAUGAAGAAUUCAGUCGUAGAAGCAGAAAAUGUGCAAGAAGUAAAGAAAGAAGAAAGCGAACUAUUUGUGCAAUUCAAAACUCUCAUGGAAGGUAUCAUCGUUGAUGCACAAAAAGCAAAUGAAGCAACUUUAAAAUUAUUGCUAUUGAAGGCUCUAGAUUUAUCAUCGGUGAUGCACAAUCAUGAACAGAAAUCCUCAUAUGUUAAUAGCAACCAAAUUAUGACUGAUUCCCAAAUAUCCGAAGCUUUAGAGGAUAAUGGGAUGAAAAGAAGAUUGGAUCAGGAUAAUGGUGAUUUAAAACGACCAAAAAUAUGUGAUGUACAAUCACCGAAGAUUCUGAAUUCAUUCUCAUUGGCCGAACUCAAUUCAGACAUCACAGAAUCGGGUAAAACUACAUCCAAAGAUGAAAAUCCAGCUACUUUCAACGAUACAUACAAGGAUUUCGUUGUAAAGAACUUUCCGGAGGCUGAACUUAAAAAACGGACCAGGAAUGAUAGGAAAAUCAUGAAAACUAAGAUCGGUCAAUACAAACCGAGUAUUUCACCGAAGGAUAUCAAGAAAUCAAUCCAAUUAAGUAUAGAAAAACCGAGGGUGAAAGUUGAUUUUGACUACGAGGUGAAGGAACAGACAGAUGGAUGUAAUAUAUUGAUACUGAAAAUAUAA